AUUUCUUUUUCUUUCUUUCUUGUUCGUGUACAAUGCUGACUCAAUACAAUUUAGACCCAUUUUGCAAAAUUUCCUUUUUACUCGACAAUUCUUGAAUUUUCUUGUUUGAAUCACGGCGUUCUUUAUAACCCACUUUUCUUCUGUUGAAUUUGAGACCGGUUUAACUUCGAAUGCAAAUUUCUGAUGUAUUUUAUUCUCGUCUUCCCCCUUUCUGCCUUGGUUUCCGGAUGUUUGAGUGAAUAAUACGAUUUAGAGUUCAGUUGGGGUUUUCUCUUUUUCCCCCUCCAUAAAUCUCAGGUUUUGGAAGAAUUUGUGAUUAUAUAGGGAUUAGAUGAUGGGUAUGAAUUGAUUUGCAUACGUUAGGUUGUUGGCUAGAAUUUCCUUGAUUUUCGAGUUGGAACAGUUAAAUUCAUGCGGAUAUAGCCUUGAAGUUUGAAGCUAUUGAGGCAGUUUAGGUGCAGGGAACCAGGAUCAUGCACAAUAGACGGGGCUCGUAACCGCAUUAUCAAUACGAGUCAUUUAAGUGAAUACUUUAUUCUGUUUUUGAGUUCUAAUCUUAGAUUGAGUAUGAGAGUUUUUAUCAGAAAUCUCCUGCCUUGAGUGGCAUCAGGACCAGCCCAAUGAGCUCCCCUAUUAAUCCGAUGGUCAGUUCCUAGCCGGCAAAUCCAAGCUUGAUUCUCUAGUCGAUAUUGAAGACCUGAGAUUACUUGCUGCCUGAAUAAGAAACAGUCUGUCCUGGAUAAUCAUCUGAAACGAAUGAAAAUUGAUUAUUAUGUCUGAAUUGAUUGACGGUCUCCCAGACGCUGUUGCCCUCAGGUGCCUUGCACGUGUCCCCUUCCAUCUAUAUCAGACGUUGGAGCUUGUUUCUCACUCCUGGAAAGCUGCCAUUCGUAGUGCUGAACUGUUUAGAGUUCGACGGGAGAUUGGAUCAUCAGAAAAUCUAUUAUGUGUGUGCGCAUUUGAACCUGAGAAUCUAUGGCAGCUCUAUGACCCCCUCAGAGACCUUUGGAUAACUCUUCCUGUAUUUCCAUCAAAGAUUAGGCAUCUUGCACACUUUGGUGCUGUCUCCACUGCUGGAAAGUUGUUUGUGGUCGGUGGUGGAAGUGAUGCUGUUGAUCCAUUAACUGGUGAUCAAGAUAGGAACUUCGCAACCAAUGAGGUGUGGUCAUAUGAUCCUGUAAUACAUAAGUGGUCGCAACGAGCACCGAUGCUUGUAGCACGUGCCAUGUUUGCAUGCUGUGUUUUGGGUGGAAAGAUUGUUGUUGCAGGUGGUUUCACAAGCUGCAGAAAAUCGAUUUCUCAGGCAGAAGUGUACGAUCCUGAUAAAGAUGUUUGGAUUCCACUGCCUGAUUUACACCAUACUCACAAUUCUGCUUGCACAGGGGCAGUGAUUGGAGGGAAGUUGCACGUCUUGCACAAGGGAUUGUCGACAGUGCAAAUUUUCGACAAUGUGCGGCCUGGAUGGAGAGUUGAGGAUUAUGGUUGGCUCCAAGGUCCAAUGGUUGUUGUCCAGGACUCACUUUAUGUGAUGAGUCAUGGACUAAUAUUCAAGCAUGACAAAGAAGUGAGGAAAGUGGUUAUUUCAGCAUCCGAGUUUCGUCAACGAAUUGGGUUUGCGAUGAUCGGUUUGAGAGAUGAAAUUUAUGUGAUUGGAGGGGAUAUCGGUCCCGACCGUUUGAAUUGGGACAUCAAACCAACGUCUGAUGUUGACAUAUUGACAACAGCAGGUGAGAGGCCUACAUGGCGACAUGCAGCUCCAAUGACAAGAUGCCGUGGGGCGAUUCGGGGAUGUGCUGAGUUGAGAAUUUAGGACCCCAUUCGUUAUUGUGUUGCUUGCUGCCUUGUCAUUGAAUUGUGUUUGGCUGUUGAAUCCCUCGUAUUGGCAUUUCUGGUGGCUGCCUCUUUUUGUAAUCUUUGGUCUUUGAUGUUUAUUCUGGGAGUAGGAAUAUUUUAUGUCUAAUAUUUAUAUCUUCAACAAGUGAACUUUUUUUCUA